CGGGGCGGGGAGGGCAGGGGGGCGGCGCGGCCGGAGCCCGGGGCGCGCACUCGGCCCGGCCCGGGCCCCAGCAUGGCUGAGCCGCUCCUCAGGAAAACCUUCUCCCGCCUGCGGGGCCGGGAGAAACUUCCCCGGAAAAAGUCGGACGCGAAGGAGCGCGGCCGGCCAGCCCAGCGCCCGGAGCCCAGUCCUCCAGAGCCAGAGCCCCACGCCCCCGAAAAGUCCCAGGCUGGGGCAGAGGGCCCCCCUAGCCCCGAGGCAUCCCGGAGCCCAGCUCGGGGGGCCUACCUGCAGAGCCUGGAGCCCAGCAGCCGCCGAUGGGUGCUGGGUGGGGCCAAGCCACCAGAAGAGGCUGCUUUGGGGCCCAGGGCACCCGGCAGCGGGGAGCCUGCGGGUGAGAUCUGGUACAACCCUAUCCCUGAGGAAGACUCCAGACCCCUGGCACCUGAGCCCCCAGGGCCACAGCCAGGCUCAGCGGAGCCAGAGGGCCCAGCCUCGCAAGGCGCGGCCCCUGCCAGCCCCCCAGCCAAAGCCUCCCGCACGAAGUCCCCCGGCCCAGCCAGGCGCCUCUCCAUGAAGAUGAAGAAGCUGCCUGACCUUCGGCGCCGCCUGAGCCUGCGGGGCACCCGGGCGGGCCGCGAGCGUGAGAGGGCCGCCCCCGAGGGCUCCGUCAUCAGCCGCUACCACCUGGACAGCAGUGUGGGGGCCCCUGGCCGGGCGGCAGGGGCUGGGGCCACACGGGGCCCUCGGGCCGGUUACCUCAGUGACGGGGACUCUCCGGAGCGCCCAGCGGGGCCCCCAUCGCCCACUGCCUUCCGGCCCUACGAGGCGGGCCCCCCAGCCCGAGCGCCGCCCGCCGCACUCUGGGGCCGCCUCAGCCUACACUUGUACGGGCUGGGGGGGCUGCGGCCGGCACCUGGGGCCACCCCCAGAGACCUGUGCUGCCUACUGCAGGUGGAUGGGGUGGCCCGGGCCCGAACAGGGCCGCUGAGGGGGGGGCCCGACUUCCUGCGGCUGGACCACACCUUCCACCUGGAGCUCGAGGCUGCCCGGCUGCUGCGGGCCCUGGUGCUGGCAUGGGACCCCGGUGUUCGGCGACACCGGCCCUGUGCCCAGGGCACUGUGCUGCUACCCACGGUCUUCCGAGGGUGCCAGGCCCAGCAACUGGCCGUGCGCCUGGAGCCCCAGGGGCUGCUGUAUGCCAAGCUGACCCUGUCAGAGCAGCAGGAAGCACCAGGCACAGCUGAGCCCCGCGUCUUUGGGCUGCCCCUGCCGCUGCUGGUGGAGCGGGAACAGCCCCCUGGCCAGGUGCCCCUCAUCAUCCAGAAGUGCGUUGGGCAGAUCGAGCGCCGAGGGCUGCGGGUGGUGGGGCUCUACCGCCUGUGUGGCUCGGCAGCUGUCAAGAAAGAACUUCGGGAUGCCUUUGAGCGGGACAGUGCAGCCGUCUGCCUCUCCGAGGACCUGUAUCCCGAUAUCAAUGUCAUCACUGGCAUCCUCAAGGAUUAUCUUCGGGAGUUGCCCACCCCGCUCAUCACCCAGCCCCUCUAUCAGGUGGUGCUGGAAGCCAUGGCCCGAGGACCCCCAAGCAGGGCGCCCUCCAGCACUGAGGGCACCCGUGGGCUCCUCAACUGCCUGCCAGAUGUGGAGAGGGCCACGCUGACGCUUCUCCUGGACCACCUGCGCCUCGUCUCCUCCUUCCACGCCCACAAUCGCAUGACCCCGCAGAACCUGGCCGUGUGCUUCGGUCCCGUGCUGCUACCGGCGCGCCAGUCACCCGCCAGGCCCCGCAUCCGGAGCUCUGGCCCGGGCCCCACCAACGCUGUGGACUUCAAGCGCCACAUCGAGGUGCUGCACUACCUGCUGCAGGCCUGGCCAGAUCCCCGCAGGCCCCCGGAGCCUCCGGACGUCGCCCCGUACGUGCGGCCCAAACGGCAGCCGUCGCUGCACUUGCCACUCGCCAGCCCCGAGGUGGUGACUCGGCCCCGCGGCCGGGGCGGCCCCGAAAGCCCCCCGAGUAACCGCUACGCGGGUGACUGGAGCGUUUGCGGGCGGGACUUUCUGCCGUGCGGGCGGGACUUUUUGUCCGGGCCGGACUACGAGCACGUGACGGGCAGCUGCAGCGAGGACGAGGACGAGGACGCGGGCGAGCCGGCGGGCGCCGCUGACUUCGACGAUGACUUCGAGGCGCCCUUCAACCCGCACCUGAACCUCAAAGACUUCGACGCCCUCAUCCUGGACCUGGAGAGAGAGCUCUCCAAGCAGAUAAACGUGUGCCUCUGAGCCGGGCGGGGUGGGACCCCGGUCACUGGGGCCCCAGGCUCCUGGCUGCUGAGGCCGUGCUCCAUCCAGCCCGUGAAGGGACCAGACCGGUCACUCAGGCCCUGGUCCCGGCUGCUGGGGCGUUGCCUAGUGACCAGCCAGCCCGUUGCUGAGAAUCAUUCCUCGUUUCCAGUGCUCGCUCUUGGGGCAUUGGUUGCACAGGCUGGGACUGGGGAUUUUCUGGACCAGCCGUCGUGGCCAUCUUUUCUGAGUACCAAGGGCUUUUCCCCUUGCUGCCAAAGGCACUUCUUCCGCUUCCUGGGCUGGCCUCUCUUGCCUCCCCUUAGCCAGGGAAACACCAGUUACUGUGAGCAUCACCCCAGGGUGGUGAGACACGCCCCGCCCCACCCAUGCCCCGCGCCAAUCCUCUUGCUGCUGCCAACCAAUUCAGUAUUAGCUUUAAGCACUGCACUCUGCUUCUCCCCUCCGCGGAGGGCCCAAGGACUAUGGUGAGGUGCUGUUUGGGGCAGGGUGGGGGAAAGCCCCUAUCUGGGCUCUGGCUGGAUAGGGGCAGCUGGGGGCUUUUAGAAAAACAGCUGGUUUCCCCACCCUCUCUUCCAGGGAAAGCCCCGUGAUUGCCUCAAACCAGGAAACGGAGAUAGCAGAGCCUGGCCCUUCCCCUCCCCCAUUCUUCCUCCACAUCCCUGAAGAAACUGAGCACUUACAAGACCUCCCUGUGGAGGGGCCCCACCUGAAAUGUCAGGCUGGGGGCACUUUGGUACGGAACAUAUUUAUUGCCUCCGUGCGUGUGUGUCUGUGUGUGAGGACUAGUGUGCAUGGGUGGACACGUCUGGAGCAGGCGUAUGGGGCUCUUUCAGGGACCUCUGAGAAGGAAAGAGUUCGCAGUGGCCAGACACCCUAAAAUCCCCAUUAAUGGAGCCACAGUGGGCCCCAGAGCUCCAAUGGGAGAGUAGGGUCCCCUCCUGUCUCCCCCACCUUCCCUCACUCCCAUCUUUGUGGACAAAUAAAUCAAUAUGCACAC